AUGAACCUGGAGUGCAUCAACAGAGGGGAGCGUCCUGCGCCCCGUGGCCCAGAUAUGGACUCUCACGUGGGGGGGAAGAUGGGGAAGAUGUCUGCGGGGUUUCAAAGGAGCUCCACUUCGGAUGACGACUCUGGGUGUGCUUUGGAGGAGUACUCGUGGGUGCCACCGGGGCUGAGGCCAGAGCAGAUCCAAAUGUAUUUUUCAAGUCUACCUGAAGAAAAAGUUCCAUAUGUGAACAGUCCUGGAGAGAAGCACCGCAUUCGACAGCUCCUGUACCAACUGCCACCCCACGACAACGAGGUGCGUUACUGCCACUCUCUGACCGAGGAGGAGAAGCAUGAGCUGCAGAUGUUCAGCUCCCAGAGAAAGAGGGAGGCACUGGGCCGAGGAACACCCAAGAUCCUGCCGCGAGCCCUCCAGCACACCCGCUGCGAACAUUGUGGUGGAGGUAUAAAUGGGGGAGAGAUGGCCAUUUUUGCCUCAAGGGCUGGGCCAAGCCCAUGCUGGCACCCAUCAUGCUUUGUGUGUGAAACUUGUCAAGAGCUUCUUGUGGAUUUGAUCUACUUCUAUCAAAAUGACAAGAUCUUAUGCGGAAGACAUCAUGCAGAACUUCUGAAACCAAGAUGCUCUUCAUGUGAUGAGAUCAUCUUGGCUGACGAGUGCACUGAGGCAGAGGGCCGGCAUUGGCACAUGAAGCACUUUGCCUGUUUUGAGUGUGAAACAAUUCUUGGUGGCCAGCGGUACAUUAUGAAAGAUGGGCGACCUUACUGUUGCGGCUGCUUCGAGUCCCUAUAUGCAGAAUAUUGUGAAGCGUGUGGUGAAAAUAUAGGUGUGGACCAUGCCCAGAUGACAUAUGAGGGAGUGCACUGGCAUGCCACAGAUCAGUGCUUCUGUUGUGCCCAGUGCAAAACCUCUUUACUUGGUUGUCCAUUCCUCCCCAAAGAAGACUCCGCCUUCCAAUCGGCCCGUUCUCGCGAGUCCCGCCGCAGUGUGCGAAUGGGAAAGAGCAGCCGGCCUGCUGAACAGUGGAGACAGUCAGAGCUCUUUCAUACCAAAACUUCUGCUCCUGCUUUUGACUACAAGUUUCAAGAGGGGGAUGGAACAGCAAACAGGGACAUUGAUAUUGUGGGUCGUAAACUCUCUGGACUGGGGUUGGUCGAAGAGAGGUUUUGGAGGGAUCGUGAAGAACAAGAUGGCGGAGGUGAAGUAGAUCCAGAGGAAUGGGCUCAGCAUGAAGACUACAUGACCCAGCUCCUGCUUAAAUUUGGUGACAGAGGAUUACAACAACUUCAACAGCCAUCCUUAAAAUCCCCAACCCCAAGCACUCAGAGGACUAGGUUGAACAGCAUCUCUGACCCUUGGCUAAAACCUGAUGCUGCAUCUUUGAGCAUCAGUGCCUCAUCCCCAACUCCUGCAAGUCCUACACAGAGCCAAACCUCUAACCAGUCGCGAGAGCUCAGUCCUGGACCUAUGACCAAGAAGAAUCUGCCUGAAAUGUACUGGGCUCAGUCUCAAGACGGGAUGGGGGAUUCUGCAUAUGGGAGUCAUCCAGGGCCUGCCAGUGCAAGGAAAAUCCAAGAGCUGGAACUAGAUGAAGAGCAGGACCAAAGUAGAUCUGGAAAGGUGUUUUGGCCAUCCUCCAGGCAGUGGUAUGAAGACUCCCUGGAGUGCAUUGCAGAUGAGUUGCGGAAGGUUGAGCAGGGUGUCGGUGACUCCAUGGAUUCGCUAGCACUUUCCAACAUUACUGGUGCUUCUGGGGAUGUAGAGGGAAGAGAUAGACCAGUGCGAUACUCAUUUCAAGCCAUCCAGGAUAACUUACUGAUGCCAGAUGACUGUGAGAAGAUGAGCAACAUGGGAACCUUCAAUUCUUCACAUCUUCAUCACAGCAAUAACUCUUUGAACCUAAACCUGGAGAAAGUUACAGCAGAUGAAGAGGUGGUGAUGGCGAUGAGAGGAGCCCUGUCACCUCGCUCUGAGGUCAUAUCUCCAUUUAUUCAUGCUCCAGCACUGAGGAGGAGCAAGUCUCAGUCCAGACCCCCUCAGGUGGUGACCUUUUCAGAGGACACUGUGGACAAUGGAUACGAGUAUGAUGUAAACAUUAGGAAAGCUCCCAUGAGUGAGAGGCCUCAACGAAGGAUGUAUCGCAACGAUGAAAUGAACUGUCCCACUGGUCAUCUUGGACGCAGUAAACAGCACAAACAAGGCCGGCACCACAGGAGCCGCAAAACCCGGUCUGAUAACGCCCUUCACAAAGUGCCUAUGGAUAGAGCACAAAGGUACUUCGAUCCUCAGCAGCAGAACAUGGCCGACCACCGUCAUGGGGGGUUGAUGCAACAGCCCUCUAAAAGGCUGGCCAUUCCCCAAACUCAGUCUGAUUACGUACUUCAGGGGCUCUCUAAAGGAGACCCACGGACUGAGCGAUUUAUGGGACUUUACGGAGAUGAUGAUGAUUGGUGUUCUACAUGCUCCUCUUCUUCAGACUCCGAUUCUGAGGAAGAGGGAUACUUCCUGGGGCAGCCAAUCCCCCAGCCCCGUCCGGCUGGGAGGUACUACACAGAGGACUAUCCUACAAGAGUAACAGCCCUGUCUCCCCAGAGCCACAGCUCACAUAAUUACAGGAGAAAGAGUCAUCGCUCCAAAAACUGUAUUAUUUCCUAA